UAUUGUUAUAAAAAGACAAUCUGCGAAAAUAUUACGUUACUUAGUUGUUACAGAGCGUAGCGGAUCUGUUUCCACAAGUUCACCAUUUAAGAUGCUUUUUUUAUUGUGCGUCUUACUUUUUGAGGCAUGUACUGUGUCAGGCAACCCAAUGAAAAACCACGGUAUGGGACAUGACUCCAUUCAGGAAAGUCCAGAUCAAGAGAGCCAGGAUGAUUCCUCCAUGAUACUAGCACGAUAUGUCCGUGGAGGAUCCAAAACAUGCACAUACAGAAACAAGGAAUACAAACCGGGCACAAAAGUUGACAUAAAUGUGGCUCCGGAUUAUGCACGAUGUGAUCAAUGUACUUGUAGCAAGAAAGGAAAAUUCCGCAAAUGCACCAAAUUGUACGAUUGUGAAGUGGGUUCUCUGCAGUGCAAGGCUGAGGAUUACGAAUGGCCUCCUGAUAUCUGCUGUCCUGAGUGCAAACGAAAAAGUUGCACCGACGACAGAAAGGUUGGGGAAAAAUGGCAGAGGAUAAAAAGUAAGACAGGGCCGAAUGAAGGCAUCUGUUCCCUUUGCGAAUGUUUAGCAGACGGAAAAGAGUUCUGCAAUGACAACCGUUUCAUUUGCUUCGACAUACCAGGGUGCCUGGAGACUGAGAUGAAACCGGACUUCUGCUGUCCACAGUGCAAAACUUGGGCCAAAUCAACCACGACUACUGCACCAAGCUUUACCAUUGUACUGACGGAACCUACAGAGCCACCUUUUCCUCCUUUCCCGUUUGACGCCAAUAAAGACCAAGAAAGUUAAGACCAGGCGUAGUGAAUGUUAUUUUUCGCAGAUGCGAUUUGCUUUGGGUGUUUAGAUCUCUGAGAACUUCCGGCGGUUUUUUUUUCCAGGAAAGAGUAAGCACAAUGAUUCUGAUGAAUUGUGUUGUGAAAGAAGAGAUGGUUAAAUAAGUGUGUUAGUGAGACUUGAUUAUAACCUGGAAUUAAAACUUGAAAAGAAA